AUGACCAAAACAGACGACUCACCAAUUCCCUUCGAAGCCCUUCCACUGGACCCGAAAGGCCCUCGAGGUAAUGCAUGGGGUCGCUUUGGCGAAAAUGACCAACUGGGAACAUUGAACCUGCUCACCCCCGAACGGGUAGUUGAAGCCGCGAAAGAAAUUCGAACAGGCGUGCGGAUCUCACUCGACUGGCCGCUGAGCAUGCCUUCGCAUCCUAGCUUCAAUCGCGAUCCAUUCAAGCAGGAAAUCGUGCUUCGGACUCCUAAUUGUAUCUUUGAUGAUAUUUUGACGUUCAAUAGCCAGGGAUCUACUCAAUGGGAUGGGUUUAGGCAUUAUGCAAACCAGAAGUCGCGACAGUUCUAUAAUGGGCAUACCGCAGAAGAGAUUCAAAGCUCAGAUACAAUUGGCAUUCACUCUAUAUGUGACCACGGCGGUAUAACAGGCCGCGGGAUCCUCCUCGACUACGCCGAAUGGGCUUCCAAGAACUCAAUCUCCGUCUCAGCCCUCACAUCAGAAGCCAUAACCCUAGAAAACCUACAAAAAGUAGCGAAAGAUCACAACCUCAAUUUCCAAAAAGGCGACGUCCUCUUCAUCCGCAGCGGUUUCACAGAAGCAUAUAACAAGUUAAACAACGAUCAGCGCAAGCAGCUGGCGCUUCGCCCAUCUCCAGAUUUCAAUGGCGUCGAGGCGACGGAGGAGAUGGUGCGGUGGUUGUGGGAGAAGCAGUUCGCUGCUGUUGCGGGUGAUGCGCCUAGCUUUGAGCGGGCGCCUAUUCGCGGUGCGCAUGCUGAUUCGGACUUUAAUUUGCAUGAGUGGGUGCUUGCUGGAUGGGGUACUCCUAUUGGGGAGAUGUUUGAUUUGGAGGGGUUGUCUAGGCAUUGUAAGGAGACUGGGCGGUAUAGUUUCUUCUUGUCAAGUAUGCCUCUUAAGGUUGUUGGCGGUGUCGCUAGUCCGCCGAAUGCUUUUGCUAUUUUCUGA